GUGGUUAUUAGAUCAAGUUAAAGCAGGACAUUUGAUUCAAGACUUAAAGAUAAAUAUUCUUCAAGCAAUUCAAUUUGCAAUUAGAGGGUGGGAAGAAACUGACGAAUUCCUUAUGCUCAAUGAUAAGAAUAUUGUUUAUGAAGUCUUUUCAGAUGACCAAAUUAUCAAGGAGCUUGCUUAUAUAUUUAAAAAGGAUGAUAGUGUUGAAUCUGCUAAUAAAAAUAUUACUGAAAUAGAUGAUGAAGAUGAUAGCAUUGAGACUAUAACU